UCUCCAGCUGUGAUCCACCGUGAAAACACUUCAUGUACAAACCGGAGAAAAGCAGCGUGGAGAGAAAACGUCCUCCCCCGGUGAAGGUGCUCUCCUGUCAGCUGAGGAGCGCGCAGAACCAGGGGGCCGCCGGCAGCGGGGACAGCUGGCUCAUCAGACCGGGGAAAGGUCGCACUCUCCCGGUGUCACUGGUGUGGAUGCAGGGGACCGUGAUGCGGGCUCAGCUGGACCAAAACACCGUCCUGCUGAUGGAUGAAACGGGGACAUUUUCUGUCCAGGGCGUCAACAACAUCCCCAAGGGGAAGCCAUGUUUGUCCCAAGGCAAGUACGUGAUGGUAAUGGGUGUGAUCCAGGCCGCCUCCCCGGAGCCUGUGAUCCGAGCGGUGAAGAUGGCAGAUCUCUCGGAGCACGCAGCGCUCCACAGGCGGAUGUGGAAGGUGGAGGUGGAGGAGCUGCAGCAGGUUCUGGGCUGAGAGCAGAGGACGACCCGCUCCUGUCAGUGUUCCGGAUGGAUGUGCAGCGAAGAAGACAAUCGAUGAUAAAUGGAAACUACUGAAGAAAGGAUGCGAGGCUUUGGAGGCAGGUUACAAGACACGAGUGGACAAGACUUCUAUGAACUGUUGCAUAAUAGUGAUAAUACU